AUUGUGCUCACGCUCCCAUAUUAUAGACGGCGCAAUGAGUUAUUUUGGAUUUAAAACGUGUAGAAGAAGAAACUGACAUGGCGGCCCCCGCGGACAACAUGAAAAUGCUCCAGUUUUUAAAAUUAAUCGGGCAGCUUAAAAGGGUCCCACGGACAGGCUGGGUUUACAGGAAGGUGAAGAACCCAGAGAGUGUGUCAGACCACAUGUACCGCAUGGCCAUGAUGUCUUUGACCAUCACAGACCCCACAUUGGAUAAGGACAAAUGUAUCAAGUUGGCCCUUGUUCAUGACUUGGCCGAGUGCAUUGUAGGCGAUAUCGCGCCAUCAGACAAUGUCAGCAAAGCUGAGAAACACCGGCGAGAAGAGGCAGCCAUGAAGCAGUUGUCGAGCCUCACACCAGAUAAGCUAGGACAGGAGAUUUUUGCACUAUGGGAGGAAUACGAGCAUCAAAGCAGUGCAGAGGCCAGGAUGGUGAAAGAGUUUGACCGUCUGGAGAUGAUCCUGCAGGCUCAUGAGUAUGAAGAACUGGAAGGAACGCCUGGGAGACUGCAGGAGUUCUUUGACUCCACUCAAGGUUGUUUCCAGCAUCCAGAUGUGCUCCAGCUUGUCAGUGCUUUGAAUGAAGCAAGGAAAAGUCACAUGACAGAAAAAAACGACUCACAAUCCACUUGACGCAUGUCAUGACUGCAAUAUUUUUGCACAAGCAAAACUCUUUAAUAUCUUGGCAGUGUUGAAUGGACAAAUCCUGGGGAAACAAUGCUCCAUGCAUUCAAAAUGUUACGCUUGAAUAACGUUUUAUUAUAAAACGGGACCUGAGAUGUACUCGAUUCCAGCAGAACAUACAAGAGAGCUUUAUUGUGUUAAAUAGUUCUUAUUCUGAAAGCAAGAUUAAGACAGAUGGGACAAAAACAGGCUGAAAGAUGGAUUGUAGGUCUGUCAACAGGUAAUAACAUUGAUAAAUGGUUAUAACUUUACUGAGCCUCCCAAAAAUCUUGUUUUAGAAGCAUAAUAAAUACUCAAAUGCAUCAGUUCAAAAUUUGACUAAGUUGACAUUGUACAUCGUGUCCAACUUUAUUUCCCCUUAGGCGUUAUUUAAUUAGGCUAAGGGCUAAAUUAGAUGCGGUGUCUCAUCCUGCCAGUCACAAGAAAAUUUUGCAAAUGACAUUAGAGGGGCACAAAGUGCUUCAAAUUAACAGCACAUGGGUGAGGAUUCAAUUUUUUUCCUUUCAGCCUUAAAAUGACUCCAUAGUACUGAAAAUACAUGUACAAAAUGUGUCAUUAUAAAACUCGGUUCACAGCUCAGUUAUUUACACAUUGCACAGCUUGCAGUGUUAGUUUAAAUAUACAUCGCUAUUUCACAAGGUUCGUAAUGUCAGCCGAUAAAUCUUACAUGAUAAAGGUUGACGGUCAUUUCUUUUUGAAUGAAAGUGAAUUGAAAAAAGGUAGGAGGCAUUCACAGCAAUAUGGAUUAAUGAUGAAGUUCAAUUCUAGCACUUUCUGAUGUUGAUUAUGCGAACCAAUCAUAUACUGUAUAGUCUUGAUAGAACUUGUUUCUAUAAUAUAAAGCAAACAUGAAUACUGUUAGUCUCCUACGGCCUCUCAGGUGUUUCUGUCAAGUUGUUGGUGGGUGUGUCCUGAGCGCUGGCUUUCGCCGUGGAAGAGAGGACGUCCUCGAAGCUUCCUCCUGCCCCGGGACUCCCAACUUUAGUCUUGGAAAUGUAAAGGACAAAAAGAGUUAUGAUGGAUGUCAAUAUAAUAUGUUGUUUGAAUUAAAGGGGAAGUUCAGAAUUGUUGACAUUAAGGUUAUAGCGGUGGUUUGAGUUGGUGAUUUCAACAAAUUCCAUGCAGUUAUUUAUUAGUUUCAGGGCUCGGGAGUGGCUAAGCUAGCGCGAGUUAAUAAACUCGUCCUAGCAUGCCAAUAAAAAAACAACAUAUGCACUAGGGGUGUGACAAAAUAUCGAAAUGGUGAUAUAUCGUGAUACUUUGUGUCACAAAAGGUUAUCUAAAAAAACAACAUAUGCACUAGGGGUGUGACAAAAUAUCGAAAUGGUGAUAUAUCGUGAUACUUUGUUUCACAAAAGGUUAUCUAUAUGCUCCUGCCAAGAAUCGAGAUAUCGUUUUAAAAAGGUGUCAGUGUCUAAAAAAAUAAAUAAAUAAAAAUAAAUAAAAAGGAACCAACAAGUUGCUACCAAAAUCUUCCACCAUAAUAGUUUCUCAGUUAACUAAGGCUGCAUUGACGGUGGACGACGCCGAAUCCGUUUGGACUGGGAACGUUCGUUCAUUCGAAACCAGAGCAUUCACAGUCAUUCUGUCCGAUUUUCAGAGCAUUCACAGGUCAUUUCCUGUUGAGUGUGAAUCACUGGCUAUUCAUUUGGGUGAUUCCCAGGUCACUCCCUGUUCUGUAACUCAAAAUAAACAGGAAAUGACCCGUAAAAUUCCCCAAAAUCAACAGGAAGUAACAAAAUAUACAGGUGAAUGACAAAUAGCCCAAAAUUACCUCAUUGCCUGGCAUUGGCUGCCACUGACUGCCAUAGACGUUCAAUCCGUUUGAAGUGGGAGGGAUGGCACCGAAUGAACGAAAAUCGCUGCCACCAUCCCAGUUCAAAUGGAUUGGAUGUCUACUAGUGAUAAAUUCAUUCCAAUUCACAACAGAAGCUUGUUUUUCUGUUUAUUCGUUGUUUGCAGAAUUUCCUAGAAUGAUUCCCUGACCAAUGUAUUGAUAAUAUCGUCGGAUCAUCAUUACUGUGAACUUUGUAUCGCAAAUCGUAUUGUAUCGUAUUGUGAGGUACCAAGAGGUUCCCACUCCUAGUUAGAUGUGUUAAUAUUGUUUUUGUGGCAUGCUAGGGACAAUUGACUUGCGCUAGCUUAGCCAGUCCGGAGCCCUGAAAUUAAUAAAUAACUAACAAACUGUACAGAAUUUAUUGAAAUGAACUCUACUGACUAAUUUAACCGCCGGUAAUUCGAAGACAAAGCCUAAUGUAAAAAAAAUCUCAACUUCCGCUUUAAGCUAAAUUUUUCAGUCAAAAUUGUAUGAUUUGUUUUUUUUUUCUCUUGGUUAUAUGGUCAACAAAAAAUACAUUUUUACAGUAUAAAAUUGUAUAGUCGUGUAUUUGUACACACCUUGAUGGUGGUCACCGUACUCUCAACUUUCUCCUCAAAAGAUCGGAAG